AUAAGGAACACAGAUCUCUGCUUUUUUCGAUUCCCUCACACACCCAAACACUUCUCCAAUAAAUAACAAACCCUCUCUAGCGGUUUCUAGAGAGAGAAAUUUCAACUCUUUUCACUUUCUAAUCGACUUCUCCUCGGUUCUGGUAGAAUUUUGGACCCGUAACGCAAGCGUUACGUACGGUGUUGGAGCAACUGGGGAGCCGCUGAGUUCAACUCGAGGUGGUUGACUUGCGUCGGAUUUGCUGACUUGGUGAGCUUUGGAUUGACGAUUGAUGGGAAAAGGAGGGCAGAAUUAUGGUAGGAGUGAGGAUUUGGGUGGGGCUGGGAAGGAGCCGAAAGGGGAUUAUUAUGCGGCAUGGUCGAAAGAUGUGAGAGAGUGUGAGGAGAAGUAUCAAGUAAGCAGGGACUAUGGAUUGUCAGGGGAUGAGGUUGAAAAACGGAAGCAGAUCUAUGGAUUAAAUGAGUUGGAUAAACAUGACGGACCUUCAAUUUUUAGGUUGAUUCUGGAUCAGUUUAAUGAUACACUAGUCAGGAUUUUGUUGGUGGCAGCAGUGAUUUCCUUUGUAUUGGCAUGGUAUGAUGGGGAGGAAGGCGGAGAGAUGGAGAUCACAGCAUUUGUCGAGCCAUUGGUUAUAUUUUUGAUAUUGAUUGUGAAUGCCAUUGUGGGGGUUUGGCAGGAGAACAAUGCAGAAAAAGCACUGGACGCAUUGAAGGAAAUCCAGUCGGAACAUGCAUCAGUUAUUCGUGAGGGUAGAAGGAUUUCUAAUUUGCCUGCAAAGGAGCUAGUUCCUGGAGACAUUGUGGAGUUGAGAGUGGGGGAUAAAGUUCCAGCAGAUAUGAGAGUUAUAAGCUUGAUUAGCUCGACCCUUCGGGUUGAACAGGGGUCAUUGACGGGAGAGAGUGAGGCGGUUAGCAAGAGUACUAAGGCUGUUGCAGAGGAUGUUGAUAUUCAGGGGAAGAAGUGUAUGGUGUUUGCUGGAACAACAGUGGUGAAUGGGAAUUGUAUUUGUUUGGUAACUCAGACUGGAAUGAGUACAGAGAUAGGGAAGGUGCAUUCACAGAUUCAUGAAGCAUCGCAGAGCGACGAUGAUACGCCUUUGAAGAAGAAGUUGAAUGAGUUUGGAGAGACUUUAACUGCUAUCAUUGGAGCUAUCUGCACUUUGGUUUGGCUGAUCAAUGUGAAGUACUUCCUUUCGUGGGAGUUUGUUGAUGGGUGGCCAAGGAAUUUCAAGUUCUCAUUUGAGAAGUGCACAUAUUACUUUGAGAUUGCUGUAGCAUUGGCAGUGGCUGCUAUUCCUGAAGGUUUGCCUGCAGUUAUCACAACUUGCUUGGCUCUUGGCACACGCAAGAUGGCUGCUAAGAAUGCACUGGUUCGCAAGUUGCCUAGUGUUGAAACCCUUGGUUGCACAACUGUGAUUUGCUCUGAUAAGACUGGUACUCUGACUACUAAUCAGAUGGCAGUGGCUAAGCUCGUUGCUAUGGGUUCGAAGGCAAAUGUUCUGCGAUCCUUUAAUGUGCAAGGAACUACCUAUGAUCCAUUCGAUGGGAAAAUAGAAAACUGGCCUGCUGGUCAGUUAGAUCCUAACCUUCAAAUGAUUGCUAAAAUUGCUGCUAUUUGUAAUGAUGCCGACAUAGAAAAAUCUGGCCAUGAUAAAUCUGGACAUUAUGUGGCCAAUGGGAUGCCGACUGAGGCUGCACUUAAGGUUCUAGUUGAGAAAAUGGGCCUUCCAGAUGAAUUGCAUUUAGGCCCCUCCUCGGGCUAUGAUGGUGCUCUAAGGUGCUCGUACGCAUGGAAUAAAAUUGACCAGCGGAUUGCCACCCUUGAGUUUGAUCGUGAUAGAAAAUCCAUGGGAGUCAUUGUGAAUUCUGGCACUGGAAAAAAGUCGUUACUUGUAAAGGGUGCAGUGGAGACAUUGUUGGAAAGAAGCAAGUUUGUGCAAUUUCUAGAUGGCUCUAUUGUAGAACUUGAUCAAAGUCUAAGGGAAGCUAUACUGAAAAGCCUUCAGGAAAUGUCAACAAGUGCAUUACGAGUUCUGGGUUUUGCAUACAAGGAUGAUCUCCCAGAAUUUGCUACAUAUAAUGGUGAAGAAGACCAUCCAGCUCACGAGCUCUUAUUGAACCCUGCAAAUUAUUCCUCAAUUGAGAGCAAAUUAGUUUUUGUUGGCUUGGCUGGUUUAAGAGAUCCUCCUCGGAAAGAAGUCCCUCAAGCACUCGAGGAUUGCAGAACGGCCGGCAUUCGUGUUAUGGUAAUUACAGGAGAUAACAAAGAUACAGCUGAAGCAAUUUGUCGUGAAAUAGGUGUUUUUGGGCGCCAUGAAAAUAUCAGCUCAAAAAGCUUAACGGGAAGAGAGUUUAUGGAGCUAUCUAGACAAGACAAAGAAAGUCAUCUUAAUCAAAGUGGAGGGCUUCUUUUCUCAAGGGCUGAACCAAGGCAUAAACAAGAAAUAGUGAGGUUGCUCAAGGAUUUUGGUGAAGUUGUUGCAAUGACUGGGGAUGGAGUGAAUGACGCACCUGCCUUGAAAUUGGCCGAUAUUGGGAUUGCUAUGGGCAUUGCAGGGACAGAGGUUGCAAAGGAAGCUUCUGAUAUGGUUUUAGCGGAUGAUAAUUUCAGCACAAUUGUUGCUGCUGUUGGCGAAGGCAGAUCCAUUUACAAUAACAUGAAGGCCUUCAUCAGAUACAUGAUCUCCUCAAACAUAGGUGAGGUUGCCUCAAUAUUUCUGACAGCUGCUUUAGGCAUUCCAGAAGGUCUGAUACCUGUCCAGCUUCUGUGGGUCAACUUGGUCACUGAUGGACCACCGGCUACUGCUUUGGGCUUUAAUCCACCGGACAAGGAUAUCAUGAAGAAGCCACCUAGAAGAAGUGAUGACUCGCUGAUCAGUCCAUGGAUUCUGUUCCGUUAUUUGGUUAUUGGAUCUUAUGUCGGUAUCGCGACUGUGGGAAUAUUCAUUAUAUGGUAUACUCGUUCAUCUUUCCUUGGCAUUGACCUUAGUGGGGACGGCCACAGCCUUGUCACAUACUCCCAGCUUGCCAACUGGGGACAGUGCCAAACCUGGCAGAACUUUUCUGUCUCACCAUUCACAGCUGGAACUCAGACAUUCAAAUUUGAUGAUCCAUGUGACUACUUCCAAACAGGCAAAAUCAAGGCUAUGACUCUCUCCCUCUCUGUGCUCGUUGCAAUAGAGAUGUUUAAUUCACUCAAUGCUCUAUCCGAAGAUGGAAGCCUAAUAUCAAUGCCUCCCUGGGUCAACCCGUGGCUCCUUUUGGCUAUGUCUGUCUCAUUCGGCCUGCACUUCCUGAUCCUAUACGUGCCUUUCCUUGCUCAGAUAUUUGGCAUCGUACCAUUGAGCCUAAAUGAAUGGUUGUUGGUAUUGGCUGUGGCUUUUCCCGUCAUAUUAAUUGAUGAGGUACUCAAGUUUAUUGGUAGAUGUACGAGCGGAAUCCGAACAUCAAGUGGAAGAAGAUCAUCUAAGCAAAAGGCGGAAUGAAGUCAAAAACUACAGAAUUAAACUUGAGACUUUGUGAGCAUGGUAUAUUUAUGAGCUUGAAAAGGGGGGUCGAAACGGUGAAUGCCAGUUUGUCCACCCUUGAUAUAGGUACAGAACCACGGGGUUUUGCUUAUGGACCUUGGGAUUUGAUAGAUUGGUUAGAAACUGUAUUAUUUUUCUGAUGUUAACUAGUUUUGUUUAACCCAAUGAUGUCCCUGUAAUUGUGGGCAGAACUCAUUUAUAUCUGAGUGAGGCAAAGAAAAACCUUUUUCUGGAGAAGCUCUCUGAUUUCA